GUUCUCUUUUGGUCUAACUGACCUGUGUGAACGGAUAAUAUCAAAUACUGUAUGUCUUAAAAGCGGUUCUUCCUACGUUUGCUAUAUAUAACGAAACCACGCUCGUCCUCCUUGAGAGCAUAUACUGAUUCAAAGAGAGAGAGAGCCUUCACCGCGACACUGUACUAAGUUUCCAUGGCGUCAAGAAGAGUUUCCUCGCUGCUCUCUCGCUCCCUCAUGUCCUCAUCUUCUCCCUUCUCUCUUAGAGGUAAAGAUCCUCUCAUGAACAGAGGAGCUCGCAGGUACAGCAACCUCGCUGCUUCUCUCGAAGACACCAUCACUCCGCCUGUGAAAGUCGAGCAGACUCAGCUCCUAAUCAACGGCAAGUUCGUUGAUUCUGCCUCAGGAAAGACUUUCCCCACAUUGGAUCCAAGAACUGGGGAAGUGAUAGCUCAGGUGGCUGAGGGACCUCCACUCUUCCCACAUCUCUCCCUUCCACUGCCAGAUCCAACCGAGUUCAAAACAGUCUACGAGAGAGACGACGAGAAUGGCGGAGAUUAG